AUGUUCAUUGCCAUAAUCACGCACCACUGUUGCGGUGUCGCCUCUCUCCGGUCGCCCAGCACAGCCCUCUUCUGGCAGUCCGACGGUCCCCAGCCGCAUUAUCUAAAUAUUCACUUCUUCAAACUCGUCGAGAUUGUCGGAUUGAGGCUGUUUCUGGACUUCGAGCAAGACGAGAGUUACACGCCGACGCGCAUUGCUUUCCUGGCUGGAUCUGGCGGGAACGAUCUGGUGCAAUGGGCAGAGAUGAGGUUCGAAGAGCCUAGAGGAUGGAUUGACGUGGAUUUUGAAGGCGUGGGCGCCGCGAUCGAUGUGUCGGACUCCGACGAUGAAGAUGCUGACGACAUCAUGGUCGAUGAGGAGGAGAGGCAGCAGAGACGCGAAGGACGAAGGAUGCCGGUGCUGAGAGCCUUCUUGUUGCAGGUUAAAAUCAUGGAGAAUCACCAGAACGGGAAGGAUACGCAUUUGCGGGCACUACAGAUUUAUGCCAGGGAUAAAAGCAUGAUCGAAGGAAAGAACACGAUCAAGAAGGCGACGAACGGAUUAAGUAAGAUGCAAGUCGACGAGGCCAAGUCAAGUGGCAUAAAGAAGAAGAAGAAGAGGGUGGGUUUGCCCGACUGGGGAGCGGUGCCUGAGCUGAGGUAG